AUGGGGCAGGGCCCCCUCCCCGAUGUCUUCCCCCUCCCUCCCACUCCACUCCGGGGCUCCGGGAGCGCCUCCCUCGCCAAUCCGGGCCGAGGGGCCUGCCUGCCUGGAGGAGCGCAGACGUCCUGCUGCUACCCCGCCCCCGCUCCCCUCGGCCCCCGCCGGGGCCUGACCCCAGCCGCCAGAGCCCUUCCCGGGAAAGAGCCCGACAAUCCAGGGAGCCGUGGCAACGGGUCGGCCGAGCUGUCGGGACAUCCGGAGGGUGGGGGUGGGGGUGGGUGCCCCGGACCCUUGCGCCCCUACCCGACGCCACCACCUGCGCCCCGCUCCCUCGCGGGAGCAGCCUUUGUCCAGCGCUUCUCGGCCGCGUUGGCCCCUCCAGCCGAGCUGACCCAGCCCCCCAGGCCGCAGCCGAGAGAAGACGGCGGGGCGGAAAGGGCAGGGCAGGGCCGGGCCGGGCUCCGAAGCCCGGGCCCGCUGUCACUUCGACGCGGCUCCGACAACUUCAAUUCCACCCACCUCCCCCCAAGCACCGCGGCGCCUCGGACCCGGGACCGUAGCCCCGCUCGUCUUCCCCUUCCCCCCCGGCUCCGCUCUCCUCGAACCUGGUCCCGUUGCCCUGACUCUAGAACCGGCUCCUCUCCACAUCGCGGGCCCUCCGGGGGCAGGCGCUUCCCGCAGCUGCGGGGCCGCCCCGGGCCUCGGCCACCCGCUCGGGGGGCUGGCGAGGGGGGCGCGGCGGCCCUGGGAGGGGAGCGGGGACACUCGCCCGCGCCCGAGGAGCCAGCCCCGGGCUCCCGAGGCGCAGUGGCCAAUGCCCCCUACCUCGGCUGCGGCCCCAGGACGCCCGCCCGCGGUCGGGAUGCACUCCGCCGGCCCCUCGCCCCACCCCCUCCACCCCCCGCCUCCCGACGCGGGCAGCGGCGGCGGCCCCGGGGGGCUGUCACCUCGAGGCGCGUCGCACUCCCCCGAUGGUGGGGACCCACCCGGGCGCCAGGACUCCCGGGAGAGAGACGGCCCGCGCGGGCGGUCAGCACCUGCUCUGCGUCCGUCCGUCUGUCCUCAUCCCCGAGCGGGGGCGGCGGCGCUCCCCUGCCUCACCCGACUGGUGGCGCGGACAACCGGGCCCAGGACGCCCGCAGGCCCCGGCCGGGCUGGAAUCCGGCGGCUGGAACCCCCCGGGGGCGCUCAAUUCCCGGGCUCCACGCUGCUGCGUCAGCGCCUCCUCCUGGGGGCCGGGGCCGGGAGGGCGGGCGGAGCGGGGGCCGCGACCGGGCGGGGCCGUCGGAGGAGCGGGCGGGCCAGGCCGGGGCGGGAGGGCUGCUGGGGCCGUGCAGGCGGGGCGGGCGUUCAGACAGGCGGCGGGCCGCGGGGCUAGGCUCCGAGGACCGCUAUGCCGAUCACAGAUCGCCGUUCCCCCAAACUCCCCGAGAGCGGAGCCUCCGCCGCCCUCCUUCCUGCUUCCUCGUCCGCAGCCAAUCGGAUUAUGGCCCUCCGCCACCUCCACCAAUUAGCAACAAGCCCUGGGCUGGCCCCCGCCAGCCAAUCCCGGCCCUCUGUUCCCCCUCCCCGCCCCGGACCAAUCAGAGCCGCCCCCACCGGCCGGCCUGUCCCAACGCAGGGGGCAGCACGAGGCUGCCGGGGGAGGAGGUGCGGGGAGUGGCGGAGAGGAGGGGGGGUCGUAUCCAAGGGGUGGAUUUCCUCCGCCAGCCCCUUGUACCUCUCUCUUUCCUGGAGCGCCCCCCAACCUGGGCCCUCACCCCCAAUGGUCCAAUCCCCCCAAUCAGCCGACCCCCAAGACCCUCUCCCCAGAAGCUCGCCCCAGCUACCCCCCCAGGAAAGUCUUACGUAGCUCCCCCCCCCCCACCAUGCUAG